AUUGAGCUGAGCAGAGUAUCGGCAUAGCGUAGCCAUGGCCAUGGGAUUGACCUCACAACUCCUCCUUUCUUUGUUCAUCAGUACCCUUCUUCUUCUUCUUCCCUCUUCCCUUUCACAAUCUAACCAGUUUUGUGACGCUGGAACUUCAUCCAAGCUGUUGAUCAAGGGCGGCACCGUUGUGAAUGCUCACCACCAACAGGUUGCCGAUGUCUAUGUCGAAGAUGGUAUCAUUGUUGCCAUCAAUCCCACUAUUACGGUUGGAGAUGAGGUGACGGUCAUAGAUGCCACUGGCAAGUUUGUCAUGCCAGGGGGCAUUGACCCUCACACCCACCUAGAGUUUGAGUUUAUGGAUACGGAAACUGUAGAUGACUUCUUCAGUGGUCAGGCUGCAGCAUUAGCUGGUGGGACAACAAUGCACAUUGACUUUGUUAUACCACAUAAAGGAAGUUUAACGGCUGGUUUUGAAGCCUAUGAAAAGAAGGCAAAGAAGUCUUGCAUGGAUUAUGGUUUCCAUAUGGCUAUUACCAAAUGGGAUGAAACUGUGUCAAGAGAAAUGGAGCUCAUGGUCAAGGAGAAAGGCAUCAACUCUUUUAAGUUUUUCAUGGCAUACAAAGGAGCUCUUAUGAUCAAUGAUGAGCUUCUUCUGGAAGGAUUUAAAAAGUGCAAGUCUCUUGGUGCCUUAGCUAUGGUCCAUGCAGAAAAUGGAGAUGCUGUGUACGAAGGUCAGGAAAAAAUGAUAGAACUUGGAAUAACUGGUCCUGAGGGACAUGCUCUUUCACGGCCUGCAGUGUUGGAAGGAGAGGCAACUGCCCGUGCUAUUCGUUUAGCUGAUUUUGUGAACACUCCUUUAUAUGUGGUUCAUGUAAUGAGCAUUGAUGCAAUGGAAGAAAUUGCUAAGGCCCGGAAAUCAGGACAAAGGGUAAUUGGAGAGCCCGUUGCCUCUGGGUUAGCCCUUGAUGAAUCUUGGCUUUGGCAUCCUGACUUUGAGACUGCUGCAAAGUAUGUCAUGAGUCCCCCUAUUAGGAAACGAGGACAUGAUAAGGCCCUUCAAGCUGCCCUUUCAACAGGAGUUUUGCAGCUGGUAGGAACUGAUCAUUGUGCCUUUAAUUCCACCCAGAAAGCUCUUGGAAUUGAUGACUUCCGGAAAAUUCCUAAUGGUGUCAAUGGUAUUGAAGAAAGGAUGCAUUUGGUAUGGGAUAUCAUGGUGGAAUCUGGCCAAAUAUCUGUCACUGACUAUGUCCGGUUGACAAGCACUGAAUGUGCUAGAAUCUUCAAUAUAUAUCCAAGGAAAGGAGCUAUUCUUCCAGGAUCUGAUGCAGAUAUUAUCAUCCUCAAUCCAAAUUCAACCUUUGAGAUAACUGCAAAGUCCCACCACUCCAAACUGGACACAAAUGUCUAUGAGGGAAGGAGUGGAAAGGGAAAAAUCGAAGUGACUAUUGCAGGAGGAAGAGUUGUUUGGGAAAAUAAUGAACUGAAGGUUGCUCCUGGUACUGGCAGAUAUAUAAAAAUGCCACCCUUUAGUUAUCUGUUUAACGGAAUUGACAAAAAGGAUGCCUUUUAUCUAAAUUCCCUCCAAGCCCCAGUAAAGCGAGCCAAAUCUAACACUUAAAAGUUUCUGAUAUCCUUUGGUCAAAGUUCAACAUUUUAAGGAGCGGGGGAGACAAAGAUGUGUGUUAAUCCAGUUUUUUGCUUAAAUAAAAUAGUAUAUAUAUAUAUAUACACACACAUAUGUAUAUUACAAUAGAUAAUAGGUAUGCUUCGUGUUACCUUUUCCACUCAUGUAAUGUUCAUUAGUUACAGUCUAAAUCUGUUAGAGAAGUCACAGUAGCUUUAAUAAGAUACUGUACACUACAGUAUGUAGCACAUUCAGAUGAUGGGAGCUGCUGUUCAGGUUUCUAUUGAACUUGUCAUCUACAUACAUAUUUUGAGUCAUAGAUCCAUGCUUUAAUAGCAUGUCAUUGGUUUGAAAAUCAAGGAGUGCCUAUCGUAGUUAUAACCA